CGAUCACGAGAACAACAGGCACAAACCCAAGGCAACCACCACCUACAGAGAGCAGCUAUCCUCCUGUUCAAGGAAGAAAGAGGAGCGAGAAAUGGCGGCGAGGGCGGUGACCAUGCUGGCGCUCGUCGUCGCGGCGGCGGUCCUGGCCGGCGGCGCGUCGGCGCAGUCGCCCACGAGCGGGUGCACGCAGACGCUCAUCGGCAUGUCGCCCUGCCUCAACUACAUCACGGGCAACGAGACGGCGCCGUCCAAGUCGUGCUGCUCGCAGCUCGCCUCCGUGGUAAGCUCCAAGCCGGAGUGCCUCUGCGUCGCGCUCAACGCCGACCCCGCCGCGCUCGGGCUCGGCACCGUCAACAAGACCCGCGCCCUCGGCCUCCCCGACCAGUGCGGCGUCAAGACGCCUCCGCUCAGCAACUGCGCCUCUGCCCCUACCACGUCGCCGUCCUCCGGCGCGCCGGCGGGACAGACGCCAACAUCCUCCGGAGCAGGGUCCAAGUCGACGCCGACGGCGGACGUGGGGAGCGGCGGCGCGUCGCUCCAGAGCUCGGCCGGCAUCGUCGCCAGCUUCAUCGUGGCCGCGGUCUACGCCGUGUCCACCCUGUGAUCUGAUAUGAUUGGCGGCGACGCGGCCUCUUCUUCUUGUCAGUCAGUCGGUAGCGAUUCCAUUUGAGAUUAUGUAUACUGGGGUUCUGGGAUCGAAUUGGCGCGCAUACAUGUGAUGUGUGGAUGUGAUCCAUGGCCGAUUCCAUUUGUUGUACUUGUACCGUGAGCUUAUCUACUUGAUUCAUUGUUGCCUUCGGAAUAAACAUUGCUACAAUUAGACCUUAA